AGCAAUAACUAACGGUAUAAGCCACUUGGUUGGUUCCAUUGCAAAAGGAAAAGUUGCCGAUCUUGUUAUGUACUCUCCAGCCUUCUUUGGUACAAAACCCGAAAUUGUAAUCAAAUCUGGAAUAAUUGUUUGGUCACAAAUGGGUGAUGCGAACGCUUCAAUUCCAACUACACAACCUGUUAUUUCAAGACCAAUGUUCGGUGCUUAUGCUGGUGCUGCUUCAAAGAAUUCUAUCGCAUUCGUAAGCAGUGCUUCAAUAUAUAGGGUACAAAAAUAUGGUCUUAAAAAGAAGAUUCAAACUGUAAAGAAUUGUAGAAAAAUUGGAAAGAAGGAUAUGAAAUUGAACAAUUCUUUGCCGAAGAUUGAGGUUGAUCCUGAGACUUACGUUGUGAAAGCUGAUGGUGUGGUUUUAGAAUGUGAACCUGCUAAAGAGUUACCGUUAACUCAGACA